AUGCGCUCGCCCAGCUUGGGUCUCGCGCUGGUGGGUGCGGCAGCGGCCGCCACACAGCUGUCGGCUGUUGGGAGCCGCGGGGACCGUGUGAACAACGUCGCCAUCAUCGGCGCUGGCGCUGCUGGAUCCUCUGCCGCCUAUCACCUGCAGCGAUAUGCCGCUCAGGAGGGUGUGCCCAUCAACAUCACCAUCCUGGAGAAGACGGAGCACAUUGGCGGCCGCACCGUCACCGUCAACAUCUACGACGACCCCGCUCUGCCCAUCGAGCAGGGCGCUUCCAUCUUCGUUGCCGUGAACCAUAUCCUCUACAAUGCCACGAAGCACUUUGACCUCCCCUUUGGCAGCCUGCGCGACGAUGAGCCCGGAGACAUCACCGCCAUCUGGAACGGCAACGACAUCGUCUGGCAGGCGGUAGAGGGCUCGUCAUGGUGGUGGGACGUUGCCCGCAUGUGGUGGCGCUACGGCCUGGCGCCCUAUCGCGCGGUCCAGCUCGUCAAGGACGUCGUCGGCACGUUUCUGCGUCUCUACGAGGAGCCGCACUUUCCGUUCCGCUCGCUGACGCAGAGGGCCUUUGAGCUCGGCCUGCACAAGGUGACAGCCAUCACGGGGGAGCAGUUUUUGGCCGAGAAAAAUAUCAAAGGCGGAUUCACCACCGACAUCAUGCAGGCAGCAACGCGUGUCAAUUAUGCGUCGAAUCUUGCUCACAUCCACGGCCUCGAGGCCAUGGUCUCCUUUGCUGCCGAGGGCGCCAUGUCCGUGGCGGGGGGGAAUUGGCGAAUCUUUGACAAAAUGGUGCGGGCCAGCGGCGCCGCCUUGCUCCGCAACGCGACGGUCGCGUCCAUAGCCUUUGCCAAAGACGAUGCAGAGCCGGGUGCACCCCGCAAAUACAUCAUUUCGACCAGAGACGCCGGCGAGCAGACCGCGGAUGCGCAAGAGCUAGCCACGGCGUUUGACAAUGUCAUCAUCGCCUCGCCCUGGCAGUACAGCAACAUUGGUGCAGCCGAGGGCGUUCUCAAGCACCACAUCGACGAGAUCCCCUACAUGAAGCUUCACGUAACGCUGUUCGCGUCCCCGUUCAAGCUGCGGGCUGAGUACUUCAAGCUGCAGCCCGGGAGCAAGGCGCCCAGCAAUGUGUACACGACACUCGGGCCGGACGAAGAGGCAAAGCAGGGUCCCGAUGGCGUCGGCAAGACGGGCUUCUACUCCAUCAGCACCUUGCGCCACGUGGUCAACCCCAAGACGCACAAGCGCGAGUUUGUCUACAAGAUCUUUUCGGCCGAGGUCGUGACGCCCGAGUUCCUGGCGCGCAUUCUUGGCGUCAAGGUUCCCGACAGUUUUGUCGGGGCCUCCCAAGAUGACGGAGCAUCCGCCGCCGCCGUCGAACCCAUCUCGUGGUAUCGCCCGCACUGGUUCCACUCGUACCCGAUCGAGCUGCCACGCGUGACGUUCCAAGAUCCCAUCAUCGGGCCUGGCCUGUACUACACCUCGGGCAUCGAGAGCUUCAUCUCCACCAUGGAGACGAGCGCGCUGAUGGGGAUGAACGUGGCGCGGCUCAUUGCCGACGAUGUGGCGGGCAAGAAGCGCGAGCCGGACACAAUGCCGUCGGGGCAGGAUGCAAAGGGCGAGAGUCCCGUCUUGCAGCCGGAUGAGCUGUGA